UGCAGAGACUGUACUCUUCCAGCAGGGGGCGCGCUGGGCCUUGACACUGUCCCUGGGUGUUUUGAGGUUAAAUAGCCGCGUGCUCAAUUACCACUGCUGCUGCUAUUCCCGCCUCUCUGCCGUGACACGCCCCGGGCUCGUACCUUUGUAAAAUCAGUUAUUUUGGUCUGUGCACAUGGCAUGUUGAGCUCAUCUGAGAAGCGCAGCAGAGGAGCCACAAGUGGUGAACCAUAUUCUGCCAGAUCAGGGACUACAGCCCCUCAUCACGCCCACUACAACGCUGACAGAGCUGCUGGAGCGAGCUAGUGCAUAUAUAACAGCGCUGUUUUCUUCUGGUUGUUGUUUUUGGUGUUUGUCUUUGGGUUGAGCUGCUGCUGGGACCUGCUGCUGCUUCUGUGGGACCUGCUGCUGGGACCUGCUCCUGUCUGGGACCUGCUGCUGUCUGGUUGGCGUGUGAAGAAGUUUGGUGAAGUCCUGACGUUCAGCAGGUGGAGAGGGCGACGCACGCAAUUGCAUCUAUCAAGACUGUUUCUGACUUUGGUGAACUUGUGUCUCAAUGGCGCUGAAUGUGAACUUGGCUGGCCCUUCUCCAUGGGGUUUCCGUAUAUAUGGAGGCAGAGACUUCAAGAAGGCCAUAACUGUAUCAAAGGUCAAUGAGGGCAGUAAAGCUGAGAGGGCCAACCUGCAACCUGGUGACAUUAUAUUAGAGAUAAACGGUGAAAACACCACAGACAUGUUGAAUGUUGAGGCCCAGAACAAGAUCAGGAGCGCAAAGACAGAACUGCAGCUGCUGGUCAAGAGGCCUGAUGUUCCUGCUCUCACCCAAACCAAUGGUAUCAAGUCUCCUGACCAGCUCACCGGCCGCUUUCAGGAGUCUUUAAUUGUGAGUCGAGACGAGAACCAGAACUACAGAGAGUACUCCUUCUCCACUCCUGCUUCGCUGUCACCAAGACCCUACUCGCCAGACCUUCAUGCAAGUCCCAACGGCAAAAUACUCAGUCCUAACAACAACAAGGGAGUCGAGAGGCGCUCAUGGUCUCCUGAGGAGAGAGGCCUCAGAUCGUCCAGACCACUGUCACAGGAGCUCUCUCCAGACUAUAGAAGCCAAUCUCUAGACUACAGAAGCCACUCGCUGUCCAGUCGAACUCCGACUCCUCCAGGACGCUACUCCCCUAACAGCCCCACUGACCGAGAUGUGCCCAUGUCUCCACGGCGCAGUAGUUCCGGCCCUGACUUUGCCAUGCAGAAAUUUGACAAAGACUCAGAGGUGUACAAAAUGAUCCAGGAGAACAGAGAGUCUCGCACUGCGCCUCGACAAUCCAACACCUUCAAAAUGCUGCAAGAGGUUCUUGAAGCUGAUGAGAAAGAGGCAGCGCUGAUGUUUCCAGGAAAUCUCUCUCCCAACCCACCGAAAACCAGCUCUGUAGCAGGAGUCAAUAAACACCACACUUGUGAGAAGUGUGGCACUAGCAUUAUGUCACAGGCUGUGCGCAUCACGGAUGAUCGUUUUCGCCACCCCGAGUGCUACACCUGCUCAGACUGCGGGUUGAACCUGCGGAUGAGAGGGCACUUCUGGGUCGAUGAUGUGAUGUACUGUGAGAAGCACGCCAACGAGCGGUACCAUGGGCCCGGCCGAUCUCCUCAUUAUUGAGAUAUUUUACCUGGCCCAAAGGACACAACAGGGUUCAGCCCUAACUGAACUAAGGACCUAUGGACACACAUAAGGGUGGACUGUCAAUAACAUGCCAGUGGAGUUUCUUUAUUGAUCACUUUUUUGCUGUAUUGUAUUAUGAUUACUUUUCUUGCAAACUAUUAAUUGUAUAUGACCCAGUCUAUACAGUUUAUAAAACUCUCUGUAGAUGCAAAAUCGCCUUUUAAAUUGCAGAACUUUGAACUGCAAGAUGCCAAAACAUUGAAAAACUUGUCCGGACUGGUCCCAACAGUUUGAGGCGCUGAUUAAUUAGAUGGAAUUCUGUGUUAAUUAAAUGGGACCAAACCUUAUCUAUUGCAUGCCAUCAGAGCAGUGCUGUGUGGGGUGGUGGCUGUGUGGAGUACAUGCUUUUACAUGCAGAGGUGUCAGAGCCUCUGCAUGCCUUCUUAACAGCUGCAUGACGCGUGAGUGAUCUGGGUCCAAGUGAGCAAAUGGUUGGUUCAUUCUGUGCCCAAAAAGGCAAAAAAUAAAAAAAAAAUAAAUAAAAUAAAACUUAGACUUCACAUAAGCAAUACAUGUUGUUAGAAAUAUAAAUGAAAUACAAAUGUGUGUUUAUGAGGGACUGAUGUUCAUUUUGACAAAUAAUUUGUUUUGUUUUGAAAAUGUUAUUUUGUAUAGACCGUGCAGAACAGAUGCACAGGACAUUUAGUGUAAAGUUGUGAAGCUACAAUACACUUGUCCAGUUUGCAGCAGUACCCUGAGAUUACCUUGUUCACAUUUAAUGUGGCACCUAAUAAAUUAUAUACAAUUCUU